GUCUGGCGCGCGAGCCCUGCGCGCAGCGCAUGCGCCGAGCCGGCGGCGCGGACUAGGGCUUGUUCCGCUGCGCGCUGCCGCCGCCUCUCCUUCCUCUCCGGGGCGCUUCCGGGACGCCGAGGCCAGUUCCGGAAGAGCCGACCGCGGCUUUUUCUGCCUCCCUCCGCUCCCGUGACCUUCCCGCGCCACCGACUCGGCCGGCGCCCGCGGAGGGCCUUCCCCGCCCACGCUGCGCGCCUGUCACUCAGAGCGCGCGCCGCGCCCCAGGAGCCAAUCAGCAGCCGCCGCAAGCGACCAUGUCGGAGUCCGGGCACAGCCAGCCUGGGCUCUACGGGGCGGAGCGGCGGCGCCGGUGGAAGGAGCCUGGUGCCAGCGGCCCUCAGAACCUCUCUGGACCUGGCGGUCGGGAGAGAGACUACAUCGCGCCCUGGGAGAGAGAGAGACGGGACGGCAGCGAGGACCCCAGCACUAACGUCAUGCAGAAGACCCCCAUCAUCCUCUCGAAGCCCCCAGCUGAGCGGUCAAAGCAGCCGCCGCCCAGCACCGCCCCGGCCCCUCCACCGGCCCCGGCCCCGCUGGAGAAGCCCAUUGUGCUCAUGAAGCCUCGAGAGGAGGGCAAGGGGCCUGCGGCUGGCACAGGGUCCACCACCCCUGAGGGCACCACCCCAUCGCCCCCCACGGCCGCCACGCCUCCCAAAGGGGAGAAGGAGGGACAGAGGCCCACGCAGCCUGUGUACCAGAUUCAGAACCGGGGCAUGGGCACUGCCACGCCAACCGCCAUGGACCCUGUGGUGGGCCAGGCCAAGCUCCUGCCCCCGGAGCGCAUGAAGCACAGCAUCAAGCUGGUGGACGACCAGAUGAACUGGUGUGACAGCGCUAUUGAGUACCUGCUGGAUCAGACUGACGUGCUGGUGGUCGGUGUCCUGGGCCUCCAGGGGACAGGCAAGUCCAUGGUCAUGUCGCUGCUGUCAGCAAACACCCCAGAGGAAGACCAGAGGGCCUAUGUGUUCCGGGCCCAGAGCGCUGAGAUGAAGGAGCGAGGGGGCAACCAGACCAGUGGCAUCGACUUCUUCAUCACCCAGGAGCGGAUUGUCUUCCUGGACACACAGCCCAUCCUCAGCCCAUCCAUCCUGGACCACCUCAUCAAUAACGACCGCAAACUGCCCCCCGAGUACAACCUCCCUCACACCUAUGUGGAAAUGCAGUCCCUGCAGGUAGCGGCCUUCCUCUUCACCGUGUGCCAUGUGGUGAUCGUCGUGCAGGACUGGUUCACGGACCUCAGCCUGUACCGGUUCUUGCAGACGGCAGAGAUGGUGAAGCCGUCCACCCCGUCCCCCAGCCACGAGUCCAGCAGCUCCGCGGGCUCCGACGACGGCACCGAGUACUACCCCCACGUUGUCUUCCUGCAGAACAAGGCGCGCAGAGAGGACUUCUGCCCCCGCAAGCUGCGCCAGAUGCACCUGAUGAUCGACCAGCUCAUGGCCCACUCCCACCUGCGCUACAAGGGGACGCUGUCCAUGCUACAGUGUAACAUCUUCCCUGGGCUGCCGCCCGACUUCCUGGACACCGAGGUCAACCUGUUCCUGGUGCCCUUCAUGGACAGUGAAGCCGAGAGCGAGAACCCCCCGAGAGCAGGGCCCGGCUCCAGCCCCCUCUUCUCCCUGCUGCCCGGGUACCGCGGCCACCCCAGCUUCCAGUCGUUGGUGAGCAAGCUCCGCAGCCAGGUGAUGUCCAUGGCACGGCCGCAGCUGUCGCACACCAUCCUCACCGAGAAGAACUGAAAUUUAGGGCAUGGUAGUUCAUGCCUGUAGUCCCGGCCACCACAAGAGCCUUAGCGGGAGGAUCACUGCGCCUUCCAGGCCAGCCUGGUGUACACAGGGAGACCCUGCCUAGAAACAGAUUAGACUCAAAGCACGCGUCGCUCAGCUGAGUCACGUCCUGACUGCUGCUGCUUCCAGCUGGAAGGUCAGUGAGCCUGGCGGAGCUGGGAGAUGUGCUUAAGGCUGAGUGCCCCAAGAGUCCCGCUAGUGCUGGCCCUCCUCCCUGCCUGGCACGCUCCCCUACGCUGCGCCCACCCGCUGCCAGGCCUGUGUGUAACCCACAGGGGAGCAGCACCCAAUGGGCCUGCUGGGAGAGAGCCAGGAACCAGAGCAGGGUGGCCUGGGGCGGUCCCCACUCAUGCCCUGCUGUCACUGAGGUGGUUGGGAGCACGACCGGAGCACGGAGCACUCAGGGCAGAGCUUGGUCCUGCCGUUGGCUGAAGCAGGCCAUACCGCAGAGCCCAGCCCUUCAUCCGAGCCCCGUCCUCAGCCUCCCACGGAAAGCAGGACCACCCUGUCAGGGUGGGCACCGUGGCUGUGGGCUGGGGACUUCCUUGGGCCUCAGCGUCCGUCCACUCUGACAGCAGCCCUCCCUCCCCCAGGUUCCACUACGCAGCCCGGAUCUGGGAUGGGGUGAAGAAGUCCUCAGCCCUAGCCGAGUACAGCCGCCUGCUGGCCUGAGGCCCACACAGGAGAGGCGCUCCUGUCCGUGGGCCGUCUGUGGACAGCCAGGCCACACAGCCAUCCCCCAGCCGGGAGCAGAGCGCAGGCCUGCAGAGGGCUUGUAGCAUCCUGCCAGAUGUGAGGUGCUGGAGGCCAGUUCCCCUCUCUAAUGGGGCUGUCGGGGUGACCAAGAGAUCAGCCUGCCAUGAGCAGCCCUUCCCAGGUCUCCACAGAGACAGGCAGCAGGAGACAGGGGAGUCCCAGGAAGCCUUCCCUGGGGAAGGGCUGGGCGCAGCUUCAAAUAAAGGUGGUCACAGGCCCCUGUGCUGGCUUCUUCCCCUCCUGGAAUCAUCUGGGACACGGGGCAGCUGGUCCCGUCUCUAGAGCCCUCAAAGGACAGCUCCUGUCUUAGGCCGAAGGGUAGAUUGUCCGGUGCAGCGGCUCGGCCUAUAUGCCCAGCGGUAGCUGAAAACAGGAGGAUCAGGAGUUCAGGGCCAGCCUUGGCCUAGCCUCAGAAAACAAAGCAGACAUGCCGGGGCUGUGGAAGCGGCUCUGCUUGCCCUUGGCCCUCUUGCCCUGUGGACCCACUGAUUCUCCUUCAGGCCCCAGGCGCUGUGUGUGCCCUCCUUUGCUCGUUUGCACAUGGCAGUCUGCUUCCCAAAGCAGGUCUCCAGGUGAGCCCGGAGCCCAGCCGGUCCUUUCACCACAGCACUCCAGCCUGCCUGGCCGUACCGUGCACCCUGGAGCCACAACCGUUCUGUCCGGUCAUGGCCAAGGAGCACAGUGCGGGCAGGCCCCGUGGGGAGUCUGCAGGUGUGCAGAGAGUGAGGUUGGGGUUGGGGAGCCCCGAGACUCGGGGCUCACUGGCACUCGCUUCCCCUCUGGGUUCUUGCUUCGUGCAGAUGAUUUGUUUUCUUUUAGCAAAGACUUUUCUGCUUUACAAACAGUGGAGAGUGGUGCAGCACCCUGCACUGGCCACACACACCUUUGCACACACGCCUUUGCGCAGGACCUCCGUGUCACCCGCAGUGUUCCCUGAGUUGCCUGCGUUGUCCUCAAGAUGAAGACACCGUCUCUCUGUGGAGCUGCCCCGGCCGGGUGGGCCUUUCCUCUUAGCUCUGCUCUGCCUUCCUGGCCUCUGCCUGUAACCAACACCGACGCCCCAUGACGGCCCCUCCCAGAAGAGCCCGGGGACGCACCCUGUGCCUGCUUUCGCAUCUUCAGUCCGGAGAGACUGGUGUGUGACCUUCAGAUGGCCCUCAGGCCUGGGCCCUCACCUGCCUGCUCCCAGCUGGAACCCUCCUGCUGCCCUCUCCACCCAGGGUGGCCCAGCUCUUCCCUGCCAAAGCCACAGCUCACGCCACACACGGGAACGCGUGCCCUGAGUCCCGGUGCUCACAGCCCGCUGGAGACUUGAGGGUGCUGUGAGAUCAGAGCCUGUCUCAGGGACCUGAGAAGACACCAACCUGAGCUCGUCCUGGCUGCAGGGGGUGGGAGGAGCAGGAAGCCUGCACCACCCAGCCUGGGCAGGCAGCUGUGUGCCCUGCUGCUGGGUGGGCUCCAUGGGCAGCACAGUGCGUCUGGGGAUGGUGAGGGAGGUGCCGUGUGUGCCAGGGCAGUGCCAGCAGAGGUGCCCAUCAGCGGUGUCGCGUUUGUGGAGGGCUGGUUGAGUGUGACAGGAGUCGGGUGAUGACUUCAGAGCUGGGUGUGAAGCCAGGUCCCCGGCACUCCCUCUGGCGGGUUGAGCACUGGCCAUGGGGCUGCGGAGAGCUCAGGGGUGGCCGGGUGAGCACCAGAGGCGCCUCCUGGUUCUCGGCUAGUGGACGUCAGGUGUAACCACCGCCAGCAGGGCGAUGGAGACGCUGCCCACUGCCUGGCCCACUGGCCGCUGCCUUUCUUACCCUCUAGGGAGCAGAGUGUGUGGCUAAGGAUGCCAGCCCUGGAACCAGGCUGCCUCUGUUCAGAUCCCAGCCCUGCCAACUGCACGUGACCCUGGGCAAGGGACCAGACCUCUUUGGGCAUGUCUCUCUGUGAAGCAAGGUUUCUGACCGGUGCCUCUGCUGCCAGCUCCUCAGAGCCUUGGCUUGGCAAAUUUCCUCGUGGCUGACCAGGGCAAGAUGGCCAGCUGUUGGGAAAUGGUACUGGGCAUCUGCCUAGAAUUCCCCAGUGAGGGGCUGGGGUGUGGCUCAGUGGCAGAGCAUUGGAGAGGCACCCGGUUUACUUUUUCUUCUCGAUAAGUAAAUAAAGAAUGAUGAUAAUCACA